ACUAGCUCAAUGACUCGCUCACCAGCCCGCCUUACGUCGCCUCUUUUGGUCGUCUACCUCGACAUGCCGUAUCCAUCUGGAUGUACAGAUAACACAUUUCUGUCGCUGUUUGUUCCCCGUUCAGGCGCGUUAAUAGUACCAAAGUGUCUGUGUCCGAAAUGGCUUCUUCACAGUAUUCGUAUAUAUUCAAGUAUAUCAUAGUUGGAGACAUGGGUGUCGGUAAAUCAUGUUUACUGCACCAAUUCACCGAGCAAAAGUUUACUGCUGAUUGCCCACACACAAUUGGUGUAGAAUUCGGAACAAGAAUCAUUGAAGUAUCUGGAAAAAAAAUUAAACUUCAAAUCUGGGACACGGCAGGACAAGAACGUUUCCGAGCAGUAACAAGAUCAUACUACCGUGGAGCUGCUGGUGCAUUGAUGGUAUAUGACAUAACCAGACGUUCUUCUUAUAAUCAUUUGAGUAGUUGGUUGUCUGAUACACGCAAUCUCACAAAUCCAGGAACUGUGAUCUAUUUAAUUGGGAACAAGUUGGAUAUGGAAAGUAAUCGAGAUGUGUCCUAUGAAGAAGCCAAGCAGUUUGCUGAUGAAAAUGGAUUAAUGUUUUUGGAAGCAAGUGCCAAAACCGGAGAGUAUGUUGAAGAUGCUUUCCUUAAAACUGCUCAGAUAAUUUAUGAAUGCAUUCAGGAUGGAAGUGUAUCUUCAAAAUUGUUGUCACUCAUACGCGACCUUUUUUUAGAACAAAUGUCUCCUGAAACACUAAAUAAUCGCUCUACAGAAGCACUGGAUGGUUAA